AUGGCUAAGGUAUUCGAUGCGACAGAAGUCGCAAAGCACAACACUCGUGAGAGUUGCUGGGUGGUUUUGUACGGCAAAGUCUACGAUGUCACCGAUUUCCUGGGCAGCCACCCUGGCGGUGCGAAAAUUAUUCUAAAGCUCGCUGGUCAAGAUGCCACUGAGGAAUACGAUCCUAUCCACCCGCCGGGUAUCUUAGAAGAGGAACUCAAGCCCGAGGCAUGCUUGGGAACAGUCGAUGCCAGCACAUUACCAAAGGAAGAGGCCCCGUCUGAACCCCAAGGGGAGGUUGAGGGCCCGCCUCCUAUGGAGAAUCUUCUCAACUUGGAUGAGAUGGAGGAAGUGGCCGCUAAGCAAGUGAGCAAGAAGGCUUGGGCGUACUAUUACUCUGCAUCCGACGACAAAGUCAGCAAGCACUUCAACAAUCAGGUCUACCGGUCCAUCCUCCUGCGACCAAGAGUGUUUGUGGACUGCGCAAAAUGCGAAUUGGAUACAACAGUACUGGGUCACAAAUUAAAAACACCAAUCUAUGUCUCUCCCGCCGCUAUGGCGCGCCUCGGUCAUCCUUCUGGUGAAGCCGGCAUCGCAGAGGCAUGCCGUAGCUUUGGAGCUAUGCAGGUUAUCUCCAAUAAUGCUUCCAUGACCCCCGAGCAGAUUGUCAAGGAUGCAGCACCAGACCAGAUCUUUGGCUGGCAACUCUAUGUCCAGAUUGAUCGCAAGAAGAGCGAGGCCAUGCUUGCACGCAUCAACAAGCUCAAGGCAAUCAAGUACAUUGUUCUCACCCUCGACGCCCCGGUUCCCGGAAAACGUGAGGAUGACGAGCGAACUGGUAUGACUGGAAGAACAGCCGCGGUCACAAGUGGCGUGAAAGCCGCUGAGCGUUCGUCGGACGAUACCCCCAACCCAACAGAGGGAUCGGGCGGUGUCGGUCAACAACUAUUCGCAGGCACAGACCCUUCUUUGACAUGGACAGAGACUCUGGCUUGGCUCGCCACACAGUCGGACCUUCCUAUUGUCCUGAAGGGUCUCCAGACUCACGAGGAUGCAUACCUCGCCUCGCUCCAUGCGCCUCAGGUGAAGGGUAUCAUCCUUUCUAACCACGGAGGCCGUGCUAUGGACACUGCUCCUCCGGCUGUGCACACUCUUUUGGAGAUUCGAAAAUACUGCCCCGAGGUCUUUGACAAGAUCGAGGUUUACGUGGAUGGAGGUAUCCGUCGGGGCACUGAUGCCGUAAAGGCUCUCUGUUUGGGGGCGAAGGCUGUUGGCCUUGGACGUGCGGCUCUCUGGGGUCUCGCGGCAGGUGGUGUCGACGGUGUCCGUCGUACCUUGCAGAUCUUGAACGAUGAAAUGAAGACGUGCAUGCGUCUACUCGGAGUGGAGAGUGUUGAUCAAUUAGGGCCCCAGCAUAUCAACACCCGUAUGACCGAGCAGCAGAUCUACGAUGGACCUGCUGGUCUCGAACAAUUACAACAGGCAUUCCGUGCGAAGCUAUAA